GCCGCGGCUUGCGCACUGCGUGCGGGCCAGUUUACAUCACCGGCCAGCGGUCAGCCGAAAAUCGCGACUCGGGCUUCCGGCUCGGGGGUAGGCUUUCCUCGAGGCUCAGCUCGCGCUCAGCGAAAAGUAUUGCGGAAAAGUACGGCGGGUCGCGGGGGGCAGAUCAUGGUCGACGUCGGUAUCUCCUCGAUGGUGAAUUUCGGCCUCAGUCUCGCGCUGACGAUACUCCUGGUGCCGCUGCUCGUUAUCGCGUAUUUAGUGGUGAAAUGGACGAGGAGAUGUUGGAUACGCUUUGUGAAGUGGCAGUAUCCGAAUUAUGUCGUGGUGGAGAGCAACAGUAUCCGCAGCAUAUUGGACCAAGGACGAAAUCACGGUAUCUGCACGCUCCUCGUGCAAGGCCGUUCGAUCGCGGACGGGGCGAGGAAUCACUUGGCGCAUUUCGCUUCCACCAAGAAACUCCUCAGGUCAAGUCUGUUCACGCGAUGGGGCGUGUACGUGUGGAAGGAGCUCGACUACUUCUCCGUCGACAGCCACCUCGUGAAGUCGCCAUGCUUGUUUCGCGGCCGCCCCAUCACCGAGAGCAACAUACAGGAUUACGUAAGCGACGUCACGUCCAAGUUCCUGCCGGCGAGGCUGCCACCUUGGCAGGUGCACGUAGUGAAUUGUCUCAUGCGCGGGGAGGAACGUCAGGUAUGCGUGGUGCGAGUGCAUCACUUGCUACUGCGACAGGAGCACCUGACCUUGGCGGAUUUCUUGCCGUUGAAAUACUCGACGGACAAUUGGACAUGCCAAGAGAGCGAUUCGCCCUUCACGAACUUGUAUACCGCGCCCUCCGCUUUACCGCGUCUCAGGCAGAUGUUGAUUGAGAGCUUCAGCAAUUACUGGAACGACUUUCUGUACAAUAACGAUCCCACCGAGCGGCCGGAGAUCCUUAAGAAGCGAAUAGGGUUAUUCCAGUGCAGCAAGAUCGCGGUGAUAGUACUGGUCUGCACCAUGAAGGAGCUGGCCAGACAAUGCCGAAAGUCAGAGGGGCUGAAGCUCCUGGAAGUCCUGUCGAUUGUGCGGCGCGAGUCGGGCAAGCGGAACUUCCAUCCCCGGAUGGUGCUGGACUCCGCCGCGAAAACCUUCAACCCGGUCGACAUAUUUUACAUGUUCGUCGCGUGGUCCUGGUACAUCACGAUCACGUCGUUGCUGAAGACGCCCGUGCUGCUGCUGCGUGAACUGCGAGCUCUGAAUUCGCAACGCAAGCACUGCUACCCGGAGACCUUGACCUACACCUUAUGGUGCUACCUGCCUCUGACGUUCCAAGCGAUCCGGGAGGCGGUGUCCAUCAGUUGGAUAGCCGUGACGGCGCCCAAGGUUGUCCUCGAGGAGCUAUUUCUGAAGCACCCGCAGUCGAACCGGCUGCAGACCAUCUCGCCCUGCGGCAGGAAGGUGGUGGCCUGGUCAGAGGAAGUCGACGUCGAGUUUGUACGCAAGAUCGCCAACGUGGCCGGCGUGACCGAGGCGGAGAUCCUGUUGACGGCCACCGUGGACGCCCUGAGGGAGUACUUCAGGCACUCGACCACCAGCAUACCGAACGACGUGUUCGCGACAGUGAAGUUCGUCAGUCAGCGAGAGAUCUUCCUGCGGAACCACGAGGCUCGAGGUAUCCUGUGCCUCGCGUUACCCACCCGGACGCCAUUGUUCAACGACGAUCUCAUCGAGAUACUGCAGAUUAUCCAACGGAACGUCCAGGACGCCAGGUCCAGGCAAAGCGCGAUCUACGCCAUCACAGCGGCGGAGACGUCCCACGGACUGAUCUCCUCCUGUGUGCCCUCCAUCCUCUUAAAGCUGCUGCUAAACCAACUCUCCAGAAAAUAUUCUCUUUGCUUGACGCACGUAGACGGGGAUUUGCCCGUCGAGGGAGUAGAUACUGCGGUCUAUUGGCGACCACCGCAGGGAAAUUGCAAUAUGUCUAUGACUCUGCACAAGCAUGGGAACGCAGUGCGCCUCGGCAUAAUGGGAGACGCGCUAAUCAACCCUCAGCACUUCAUUAUCGCGCAAACGUUCCCGAAGAGCAUGCAGAAUCUUGCUACCAUCCUGGGUGUUCCGCGGGCGCCCAGCCGAAGUCCGAGUCCUAGUCCUCUCAGUCCGACGACAUCGCCAGGAUAUUGAAACGACUCGUUACUCGACGUGGAAGAGAAGAGCUUAGAGUCACUUUCGACUAGACUCGAAAUUCUCCUCAAUGAGCUUCUUUUCGUCGAGUAUCAGCAGAUUAAUAAUCGAUUAAUCGAGCGAGCUCUUGGUUGAUAUUUAAAGUCAAUGUAUUUAUCGAGAAGGAAAAAAAUGCGUGUGUGUGCGUGUGUGUGGGUAUGGGAAGGUGUGAGAUAGUGUGCGUGUGGCUGUUGAGGCUCGACGAGCACAGCGACAGACUACUUCUUAUUUCUUUAAAUAACAAUUUCAUAUUCAAGUACGCGUACAACUUCCCCUCCUACUACUAUCCUCGGACGAGUACCUGAACUAAAUAUUGGAAUUUCAAAUGAGAUGUUGACGUCGCGAAUGGGACGGGAUGAACGCUACGCAUCUUUCUGUUGUCGUAAUGACAGAGUUUUAACGUGUUUUAAGUAUCACAUUGCUGUAGUAUAACGUGCGAUACAUCUUGGGAAUUGUUUGUUAAAAUAAGGACUAUGUUUACAUAGUCGCUCUCUGUCUCACCUUACUGGCUACGUUGUAUGCGGUAACGUUAAUGUGGUUUAUUUAGAAAAUAGAGAGGAACCUUAUGAAAAGACUACUCUUCUAGAAGAAGAAGUGUGCUACUCAAGUGAUGCUGAAUCGCAAGAAUUGGAAAACAUAUGCGAAAAGGAGUUAAGUUUCCUUAGCAUUACUGCCAAUAAAAACAGCGAACGAACGAAAGAGAGAUAGAGAGAGAGAGAAAAACACGUUUGAUAUUUUUGUAUUUUGUUUAUGGAGGACGAUUCAAUCAUGGAGGACGUGGAAUCUCUUUAUUCUUGUUUUAAUAACCUUUUCGCUAUUACCCACCGCUAUAGUAGCUUCCGCUAAACGUUUUUUUUUUAUUUAUAACAAAACGCUAUUAUAGUGGCUUUUAUAUAUAAUUUAUAUUGAACACACAUAAACAGCUUAUCGUUCCUAAGCAACGAUAGGCUCACUUAUUUGGAUAUAAAUAGAAAAAUGUCAGUAAUUUAUUAACUAUUAUUUUAUACUAAUGUAGAUACAGUAAAUAUAGUGUGAAGUAAUAAAUGCCGAUUGCGCUGUUAUUUAUUAUAUGCAACGGCAAAGCUGUACGCCAAAGUAUACAGCUGUGGAACUUUACGUCUAGUUCAGCUAUAGCGAAAGGGUUAAUAUUGUGUGUAGUGAAAGCGGUACUUCUUGCUAAGUGUACAGUAAUAUACACGCGUUAUUAUGAUGGAGUUUUAGUUAAUAUUGGCGACUCAAGGCAGUAUGCAAUGUUAUGUGAAUAACGACUCUUUUACUCUUCAGUUAUUUACUGUUGUUGGAUAGAAAUAUAUCAUUCAUAGAGUUUCUGUAGUGUCGGUUAAAUUACCUAAUUAAUAUUUUCUUAGGAUACACAUUGGAACAUAAGAUUCAGUUACCUGACGAAUGAGAUGCAGCUUUUAAGAAACACGGAUAAUGUAACGUACGAAUACGAAUAACAAGUCGGUGUAUAUCGAUGUUGAGUGUUUACAUUUACGAACUGUUAACAAGCAUAUCUGUCUAUAUAUAGCUGAGGACAGUUUCGUCAUUGUAUUAUACAAGGGACAAUAGGAACCAAACAAGUAUAGUAGCAAAGAGACAAGACAGAUAUAGAUGUGCCUUGGUGUUUUCUGUUUGAAUGAUUUUAUCGUUGAUAAUAAAAGUAAUCUAUUUGCUUCUUCAAAGCAAAAACAGACGGAAUAAAUACGUUGGUACGUCGAGUACUUGCAUUCUGAUAUGCAAAUGUAUAUUUUUGUUAUGAACAUGUAUAGUAAAAAAAAAAUAUAGUGCAAGAUCAAAA